AUGCAUUGCAUAGCAAGAAAUAAUGUUUUUAUAGAGAGUAAUUACCUAGGAGAAAUGAACCAUAAUUGUCAGUAUUGUGGUGCUAAAAAACUUUUAAAUGAAACACAUUUUUUGUGCUGCCAUUCGGGAAAGGUUGUCUUACCUCCACUUUCACCUUAUCCACCGCUGAUGGUUGAUUUAAUGACAGGCAACCAUGUUGAUCGUGUUUUGAAUCAAAAUUUUUUCAAGCAUAUACGAAAUUAUAAAGCCUGUCUAUCUUUUGCUUCAUUCAUAGCCACAAUAGAUCCUCCGUCAAAUCGUGGUCCACCCUGUUUUAGAAUUAGUGGGCAAAUUAUGCAUCGUAUUGGUAAUCUAAGACAUCAGCAAGGGGAUCCACCUGCUUUUUGUCAAUUAUAUGUUUAUGAUCCUAAUACUGCUUUAAACUUUCGAAUGGAGCAAAAUGAUUGUUGCAUACGUGAGUUAAUGGAACUUUUGCAGACUAUAAUUAAUCAGGAGAACCCAUAUGCGCUUGCAUUUAAAAACAUGGCAGAAGUUGAAGAUGCAGAAAUUCGUCAAGCUGCUAUAGAAGGUCGACCGAUUUCUGUUGUCAAAAUGUUGUUGCUUGAGGGUUGUGAUAGACGUCGAUACAAUCUUCCAUCACAUGAAGAGGUUGCCGUUGUGUUUGUAGGAAAUGAUGGUGCUCCACCUCCAUCUAGAGAAGUUGUUAUUUAUCCUCGAGGUCAACCCUUAAAAACAAUUUCAAGUAUGUCUGCAAAUCUAGAUCCAAUGAUAUAUCCAAUAUUUUUUCCAAGAGGUGAUGCAGGAUGGCAUGAUCAACUAGAGCACAAUCCUGACCGAGCAACACGUGUUCGAAAUCGUUAUGCUGUUGAUGCAUAUGUCAAGAUUGAAGGACAGCGCCUUGCUUUUAUCAGAAAUAACCAAAACAAACUUAGAAGCGAACAAUACGAUACAUUACAUGAGUAUGUAAAUAAUGUUGCAAAUAACCUUAAUCUAGAAACAGCAGAGGAUAUUGAUAGUUUAAUAUCAGCUGAAAUUCCAGAUCAAACUGUUGAUCCUGAACUUUUUGAAAUUGUAAAAACAUGUAUGAUUCAUGGACCAUGUGGGAUUUUAAAUCCCAAUUCUCCUUGCAUGAAAGAUGGAGUUUGCACAAAAAAAUUUCCUAAAGAGUUUAAUCCUUGCACUGUUGCAAUUUUCAAUGGAUAUCCUAACUACAGGCGUUUAGAUAAUGGUAGAGUAGUCAUUAUAAAAGGUAACCAGGUUGAUAAUCGAUGGGUCGUACCCUAUAACCCCUGGUUAUCAAAAAAAUACCAAGCCCACAUUAAUGUUGAAGCUUGCAUGUCUAUUAAGUCAGUGAAGUAUUUAUACAAAUAUGUCUAUAAGGGGCAUGAUUGUGCGAAUGUGGUAAUUAAUGAAAGUGUUGACCAUGAUGAAAUUAACACAUAUUUAGACUGUCGCUUUGUUUCCGCCCCAGAGGCUCUUUGGCGAAUAUAUGAGUAUUCCAUAAGUGAUAUGUCACAUACUAUUAUCCGCCUUCAAAUCCACCUUCCUGAUAAUCAGAGAGUAUAUUUUAACGAAGGAGAAGAACAAGUAGCUAUAGAUCGUGCAGCACAGCGUGACACUCAUCUAACCGCUUGGUUUAAGUUAAAUGCUGAAAAUAAUGAAGCACGUCAGUAUUCUUAUGUUGAAAUUCCAUAUCACUUUGUUUUUGGUAAAAAUUGCAUGUGGAAAGUAAGACAAAGAGGUAGUGAUAAGGUGGUUGUUCGAAUGUAUAAAGUCAGUUCAUUUUGCGAACUAUUUUUUCUCAGGUUGUUACUUUUGCAUGUAAAAGGUGCAAAGUCUUUCGAGGAUUUGCGUACUGUUCAUGGUACUGUUUUUAAUACAUUUCGUGAAGCAUGUUAUCAUUUAGGUUUAUUGCAAGAUGACAUUGAGUGGAAAAAUACAUUAAUUGAAGCUGCUGCAACUCGGAUGCCUAAACAAAUUAGGCUACUGUUUUGCAUCAUAUUAACUUUAUGUGAACCUGAUGAUCCUUUACACCUUUGGAAUACAUUUAAAAAUUAUAUGGUUGAGGAUUACAUACACCAUUCAAUGCCAGUCGUACUUGCUGAGCAGGCAGCUCUUCGUCAAAUUGAAUCUAUAAUUAAUCAGAGUGGUAAAACCUUAGCUGAUUAUAAUUUGCCAGCUUUAGAUCAGUUUUUAGAUAAUGUCCCAGAAAAUGAUGAUGAAGAUGUUCAGGUGUUUAUUGAUGAAGCAAACCGAGUUAGACCAUUAUUGAAUGAUAAUCAACGUAAUGUAGCUGAUGCGAUCCUUGCUGCACUAAGUGUGGAACCUACUAAUGAAAAUAAGCAUUCAAGGUUGUUUUUUAUGGAUGGGCCUGCCGGUUGUGGUAAAACAUUUACUUACAACUAUUUAAUUUCUGAAACACAGAGCAGGCAUAUUAGAACUGCAACAGCUGCAUGGACAGGAAUAGCUGCAACUCUUCUCAAAAAUGGGUGCACAAUGCAUGGCUUAUUCAAACUUCCUGUUCCAAUUUUGGAAACUAGCACAUGUAAUGUAACUCCAAACUCUAUUCAUGGUAGAUUCCUGAGACAAAUCAGUUUGUAUUUACUUGAUGAAGCAUCUAUGAUACCCAAAUAUGCUUUGAGUGCCAUUGAUAAGCUAUUACAAGAUAUUUGUAAUAACAACUUUCCUUUUGGUGGUAAGGUUAUUUUUAUGGGUGGAGACUUCAGACAAAUACUUCCAGUUGUGAAGCGAGGUCGACCAGCAGAAGUUAUAGAAUCAUGUUUAAAAUGUUCUGAACAUUGGCAAUAUGUGCAAAGGUUCUCAUUAACUGUAAACAUGAGGGUUCAGAUAGAAGAAGAGGAAUUUUUUCAAUGGCUUUUAAAGCUUGGAAGUGGAACAUUACCUGUCAAGCCUGAAGAUCCUUUGCGAGGGUGUAUUGAAAUACCUGAGCAGUGCUUUCUCAGUGAUAAUGAAUCUAUUGUGGAGAAGAUUUUCGGUGGUGCAGAAGAAGCUGAUUAUGCAAAACGUGCUAUUUUAACGCCAACAAAUGUUGAUUCAUUGGCAAUAAAUGAAGAAGUCCUUCAUCGCUUACCCGGUGAUGUGAAAACAUAUUUAAGUUCAGAUAGCAUUGAUACUGAUGAUCUUAAUGAAAUUAAUAACUUUCCAGUCGAGUUUUUAAAUAGUUUGACUCCAUCAGGUAUGCCUGUUCAUUGCCUAAAAUUAAAAAUUGGUGCAUUUUCCAGUUAG